AUCGCGGAUGAUGUGGAGCCUAUCACAGCUAACUUUGGGUGAGAGGCGGUGUACACCUUGGACUGGUCAUUAGCAAAUCGCAGUGCACACAAAGUACUGUACUGUACAUUGUAGACUUCACUCUGUACACGUCUUGCGUUGAAGCGUCCCCUAGUGGAGUGAAAUAUAUGGUAGCUAGACGGAAUGGAGAGCAACUUCCUACUGAAGAUGUACUGUGGUUUGAAAUUAUAUAUUGAAAAAUAAUAUAGAGAGAGACAAAAACAACACAUACGACACGCACAAGCUACCCCAUUAGGUACGCCUUCACAACUGAAUGACAUCUAGAAGAAGAAAUUCAAUAAUGCUCAAAUUGUUUUACACUGUCAGGGAAAUUCAUUGAUGUAUACGUUAUACUGUACCUACUGCAUAUGCAGUAUAGUUUUUAUAUCAUUAUGUUAAUAUAGUUACAGUAGGUUGUGUUUUUGUCCCCUAGUUUAAAAGGUCGAUCGCUGGAUGUUGAUGGUUGCCCAGGCAACUCCGCAAACGCUUUUUCCGACUUCCGGAAGUGCGUGGCUUCGAGGAAAUAUGGCGUUCACACAAACGUCUUUAUCAUUUGCCGCUACAGAUCCGACAUACUGUCUUAGCAUUUUGUCUUUUUCCAUUUGGCUUGCUUUCGCAGGCUUCGAAACGGCAAACAGCAAGGAUGCGUUUAGUGCAAGCUACACUCCUACUGUACCCAUCGCCGCCGCUAGGGACCUACGAUACCUUCUGUACGAUGUGAACCCCCCAGAGGGUUUCAACCUGCGGCGAGAUGUUUAUAUACGCAUAGCAUCCCUGGUAAAAUCUCUGAGGAAGAAUGGUGAUGACUGGGUCCUCGUGCUUCCACCCUGGGGUCGACUGUAUCACUGGCAGAGCCCCAACCUCCAUCAGAUCCGCAUCCCUUGGGGGGAGUUUUUCAGCCUCACCAGCCUGCAGGCCAACGUUCCAGUGAUCGAGUAUGAGGAAUUCAUUGCUGAAAAUGGAGGCCCAUUCAUUGAUCAGGUUGUGGUCUUGCAAAAUUAUGCAGAGGGAUGGACUGAUGGGAAAUGGGAGGAAAAGGUUGAUGAGCGACCAUGCAUUGAGAAAUUGAUGUACAAUAAAGAUAAACAGGGCUACUACAGGGGCUGGUUUUGGGGCUUCGAAGAAACGAGAGCUCGAAAUAUAACUUGUCUGUCCACACAAGGUCAUGCCUCCAUCAUGGUUCCGGUUCUUCAGGAUAACAUUACAGUGACCUCAGUAAUGCUCGACCGAGCAGAGACUCUUCUCCAUGAUCACUAUGCUGGGAAGGAUUACUGGAAUAGCCGCCGCAGUAUGGUGUUUGCCAAGCACCUGCGCCUCAUUGGAGACGAGUUCAGAGCAAAGUACCUCAACUCAACAGAUGAUGGCGAUCACACUGUUUACAAUGAAGACUGGACUCGCAUGAAGGCCAAGCUGGGCUCUGCCAAAGGGGGUCCAUAUCUCGGGGUCCACUUGAGGCGAAAGGAUUUCAUCUGGGGUCACAGAGAGGAUGUACCUAGCCUCAAAGGGGCAGUCAAAAAAAUACGGAACCUGAUGAAGAAGCACAAACUGGAUAAAGUCUUUCUUGCAACUGAUGCAGAUGAGGAAGAACUGAAGGAACUAAAGAGGUUGUUGCCUGACAUGGUGCGCUUUGAACCAUCCAAAGAGGACCUGGAGCUUUUUAAAGAUGGAGGCGUCGCAAUCAUUGAUCAGUGGAUUUGUGCUCAUGCAAGAUUCUUCAUUGGAACAUCAGUGUCGACUUUUUCCUUCCGUAUCCACGAAGAGCGGGAAAUUCUUGGAUUUAAUCCAAAAACUACUUAUUACCGUUUCUGUGGGGACACUGAGAAAGAGUGUGAACAGCCUACACAUUGGAAAAUUGUUUACUAAUGUCAACUUUAACUUUUCCCACUAUACACAAGUGCCAAAAGCAGUGUUACUCUAUGACACAAUACAGUGUUUGAACUGUUACUUUUUGUAACGUGUAUUACUUUUUAUGCCAAGGAGUUGUGCAGAUCUGAAGUGACAUCAGGGACAACUUGUAUUGUUGUCACACAAAUCUUAAAUGCUGUUUUAAGCUUGAUUAUCUAUUAUCUAUUACUCAUACUGUUGGUAUGGGUGGAAAAUAUGUACGACUGACAUCAUGAGUGGCUUUAUGGGAGAGAGUACAAUACUGUCAGUGUAGUGCACUACAAGUGAAAAGGAUUUAUUGACUAUUGAUUUGCCUUUUCCCUUAUUUUUUCCGUCAUGAAAAAAAAAAAUCAAAAAAAAUUUAAUUUUUCAGGCACAGUUUACUGAGUACACUUUUUUGUUAAGCCAAUUGACUGGUGAAAUGACUACAAGAAUUGUUUGUUUUGUUCUGUUAUUUUUUGGGGGGGCUGUUGAUAAGAUCAUAAUGUGAUGAGAAUGGUUUCUGUGACAUCUCAGUGAUGCAGUCUACUGUUUGGAGCAAGUCUUGGCCGUGUUAAUGUGCAAUUAGCAGUCCUUUUCUACUUUGAAAGGUUGUGUGUGUGUGUAAGAAUCUUAUUAUUUGUGUGUGUUGGUGCUGCCAUACACAUCAGAAAUGUCUCACUGGUUGCUUUGGCUCUCUAAAAAGAUAUAUACCUGUAGUUAGUACUUCAUUCCCAAGCAUUUCUAAAUGGGAAAAGCAGCACAUCUGUUGUGAUCAUGCAAUUCUUACAGAUGCAACAAAUAUCACCAAUAUGUACUUGAUGUGCCAAGGCCAGCGACACGCAAUUGUCCUUGGUAUUCUCCUGUGUGUUGAGUCAUUUUGUUUCCAAAUGCAUUGAAAAUAGUACAUGGCAAGAAGAUACAAAGGUGAAACAAUUCCUGUGAAGGGAAGUGGUUUUAUCAUCCAUCCAUCCAUUUUCUACACCACUUAUCCCGGUUAGGGUCGCGGGGCGCUGGAGCCUAUCCCAGCUGACUUCGGGCGAAAGGCGGACUACAGCCUGAACUGGUUGCCAGUCAGUCGCAGGGCACAUAUAGACACGGACAGCCAUUCGUACUCACAUUCACACCGUCACUGGGAACUGAACCCACGCUUCCUGCACCAAAGUCAGGCGAGCGUACCACUACAUCAUCAGUGAUGUGGUUUGAUCAUUUAAAGUUGUUUUUGUGUGUGUGUGUGCUAUUAAUAACUUUCUUUUCAUCUCUCAAUAGGUACAUGUGAUUCCGGGUAACAAGAGAGCACAUUGUUUUGCAGCUUCCCCUUUGGUUUUUUGUUUCAUUUACCUGUCCCACAUGAAGCAACAGCCCAAUUGUGCUGUGCUUGUCUAAUGUUCCCUUUUACUCUUGUGUGCCAGCUCCAUUUGAUAAUGACAAAAGUAAUUAAUCUCCCCCGUCUUAUUGAGUAUGUUGAAGAUGUAUCUACAGUUGAAAGUCUACAGAUCCCUGUUCAAAUGCCACGUUUUUGUGAUAUGAGAUAUGAACCCAAGAUAAAUCAUUCCAAAACUUAUUCCAUCAUUAUUGUAACUUAUAAACUGUACAAAUCUAUAAAAAAAAUAUUUUUGGGAGGGGAAGUAAAAAAAACAAACAAAAAAAACGACGUGGUUGAAGUGUGCACACCCUCUAACUGGGGAUUUGGCUGUUUUUGGAGUGAACAAAUCACAUCAUGAUGGUGAUGUUGCACACGGUGGCGAGAAGGAAAUUGACGCAUGCAUCAUGAAGCCUUCAUGAUUAUGCGUACAAUGAAUUUGUGCGCAAAGUAUGAACAUUUCUAUGCUUUUAUUAGUGAACGAGACCUCGUGGUUAUGAUGUGGGAGGGGUAUUUUAAUGCUUAAAGUUUUUAUUCAUUUUCUCAUGAUUACUAUUAUGUAUUUCUGAUACAUUUUAUGCAUUUGUGUGUGUUCAAAUAUGUUUACAAUCCAUUUAAAAAGUGUGUUAAUACGUUUUAAAUGUGUUAAAAGCG